CACCAUUUAUAUUACCCCCAUCUUACUCGCUUUUUGUCCUUACAACAUCAUAUCACCACUUCUCUCUCCCUCUGUUUUGUUUAACCAAUUCAAAACCUUAAUUGUAUCGUCGGAUCCUAGGAAAGCUAGCGUAAACAGAGUGAAGUAAACAUGGGCAGAUCUCCUUGUUGUGAGAAGGAACAUACGAACAAAGGCGCGUGGACCAAGGAAGAAGACGAGAGGCUUAUUAGGUAUAUCAAAAAACACGGCGAAGGUUGUUGGCGAACCCUCCCAAAAGCUGCCGGGUUGCUUAGAUGUGGGAAGAGUUGCAGGCUGCGAUGGAUAAACUAUCUAAGACCUGAUCUUAAACGAGGCAACUUCACUGAGGAAGAAGACGAACUCAUCAUCAACCUUCAUAGCUUACUUGGAAACAAAUGGUCAUUGAUAGCGGCACGGUUACCGGGAAGAACGGAUAACGAGAUCAAGAAUUACUGGAACACUCACAUUAAACGGAAGCUUCUCAGCCGUGGGAUCGACCCGCAGACACACCGCCCUGUAAGUUCAGCUCAGAACACUGCGGCGGCCGACACCGCCGCCGUCCCCGUCGCCAACAACCUAGACCAACAACAUGAGACUGCCGCAGGUGGGUGUCUGCCGUGGAUGAGAAACACAAAGGCCGAGAAUUCGAACAACACUUCUUCGACGACCGAGGAUUCGAAUAGCAGCAACGGAUUGUCGUCCGAGGAAAUAGAAUUGCACCCGGCGGCUCCGCUCAUCAACCUGGAGCUGUCCAUCAGUCUUCCCCAAUCCCCGGCGCCGUCGCCGUCGACGACGAAACUCACCGGGAAAGAGUUUAACGAUCAAACGCUUAAAAGCCAUAUCUUCUUCAGUCAGCGAGCAGUGUGUUUGUGUUACAAUUUAGGGUUUCAGAAUAGUAAUGCGUGUAACUGUGACAAAAUGAUGACGACGAGCAGCAUAAACGCUGAAGCAGGGAUGCACAGUUUUUACAGGCCCCUAAGUUUAUAAGAAAUUGUAAUUUUCCCCCUCUAUAUUAAUAGUGAAUAUGAUCGCUUUAAUUUGGUCCCGGCUACUUUUUGA